CGACAAGAGGAAGAGGCGAAGUCAUUCAACGCCUGACUGAUCUCCAAUCAGGAAUCAGUACAGAUCCGCCAUUGAUUGUUGAUUGGCAAACAAAAUGUCAAUAGCGGAACACAACCUUUUUCCUCACCACUCUCCCAUUUCCGCCUGCUCGCUCUCACCAUCGCACACAGUUCCGACAAACGAGGCUGCCUGCCUGCGGCGGGUUUAGAAAAUUUGACGAAGUAACCCUCCUCCGAUGGGCCGCCGGCAAUCGGAUUCCGAACUCGGCCGCCGCGCUCUCCUAUUUCUCCUCCUCACCGCCGCUCUCUCCUGCUGCAUGGUGUACCUCUGCUUCUCCCAUGCCUUUGAUCAUCUCGAUGACUUUCCUUCAUUUGAAUCGGAGGCCGAUUUGGCAUUCGGGGGUCGACAAGUCGAAGAAGAGGAGGAGGACAAGGAUUGUUGCAGAGGGAUUCCGCACCUAGAGCUUUGGGGCGAUGCUGUAAAAUGGGGUGCUAAUUUCAAGCUCAAUUCCUCCAGGGAAUGCUGUCUCGCUUGCAAGGCCAUGUGCAAAUCCCCUUGCCUUUGUGAUUCUUGGGUCUUUUGCGGAGAAAAACCCGCCUGUGGGUCUAAUUUCGGCGAGUGUUGGCUCAAGAAACAGAAGGACCCACUGGAGCCUGAUCGGCGAGACGCUGGCAGUCUGGUGAUGUGGACUUCUGGGCUUGUCUAUGGAGAAAGAGAGGGCAUCGUCGGAUUAGAAACAGAUUAUGGGAUGCUUCGUGUACACCUUUUACCAGACUGUGCUCCACAUUCGGUUUCCUAUAUCCUGGAGUUGCUGGCGUUGCGUCAUUGUGCAGGGUGCCACUUUUACCGUGCAGAAAGCCGUGGAAGAUCGUGGGACGAUGCAGGAAAUCACAUAAAACAUGCUUCUUAUGGGCCUCCGUAUGCCCUGAUUCAAGGAACACUGGAAGCUCAAGGCACAAUCUUUAAGGACAUCUCACCAGAGGCAUGCCCCACAGUAACAAGAGGUUCCGUUGCCUGGGUUGGUUCAGGUCCGGAGUUCUUUAUCAGUCUAGCUCACCACAGUGAGUGGCCUAAGGACUACUACACCGUGUUCGGUUAUGUGCUUCCAGAAGAUAUGGGCAUUGUGGAGAAGAUUGCAAGGCUUCCCACCAAGCCGGAGGUUUGGAACAAUAUUCAUGUAGCUGUACUGGAAACUAGUGUUCCCUUGCGGCUUAGAAGAAUCGAAAAGAGCCCACUUUGACAAUGAAACCAACCCAGGAGAAGAGAGGAAAAUGCAAAUAGAUUGAUGUUGGGCUGUGAAAGUCGCCAUGGGUAGGUAUUUUGUAGCAGCAAUACUAGUGUAUAGGAUUUUCCAAUUUUGGGUCUUUCUUUUAGAUUGUGGUACGAAUUUCUUGUCACUUCUGUGUACCAAUGAUUGCAAAACAUGCAACCGGAAUUGGAUUCGAUUUGUUAGAUACUUAGAUCCAUCACCGACAUGACCGGUUUGCUGUUUGUUGAAACUAGGCUGCAUUGCACAUCUCCCGUUCCUUGUUCUUCUAUUCAUUUCUUGACCGCCAG